AUGCAAUCUACUCAAGGAACAAAAGAUUAAAUGAAAUAAAUACCAUUGUUAGUCACAAUCAAAAAUUUAUAAGAAUAUGAAAGAUUUGAAUCUUUUGUUUUAUAUAAAAGUGAAAUUCUUGAAGAUCAUAAUGAAAUCAGGUCUAAAAAUAUUUAUAUAAUAUUUAAAAAAUGUUUAAAUAAAUAGAUAGUUUAAGCCUAAUAGCUUAUUAUUCAAAUUGAAGAUUAUAAAAUAUAAAAUGAUUUUUUAGUUGUUGGGAAAUUUAAGGAAAGUAUGAAUGAUAAUGUUAACAAUCUUAGUUUCAAAGAUACCUUAUUAGGAAUCAAGUAUAGAAUUUGAAGAAGGGGCUUAAGAUUCGAAAGAUUUAUAAUUGAAAAUUUUUUCAGAAUUAAUGAAAGAUAAUUAUUACAAUAUAAGAGCCACAUUAUAAGAUAAAGCUGAAAAAUAAACUGUAGAUGGUAAUUAUUUCUUAAGUUUCACAUUAAAUGAUUCUUUAAGUUCAUAAUCAAUCAAAGGUUUUUUAUAUAUAAAUGUAGCUGGAUCAGAUGCUUAUUCUUAAUUUAAUUCUUUACUUGAAAAUCAUUUAGAAUAUAUUUUUGAGAAAGUUAGAGUUGAUACAUUUCAUAAUCAGAAUCAAAUACAUUUUGAUUCUUAAACUACAAUGAAAGUUGUACCUUCUUCAAUUUAAUGGAUUACAUUGAAAUAAAUUACUUUUCAGAUGAUUGGUAAAAAUUGCAAUUUAAUUGGUUAUAUUUAUAAAAUUUAUCCCAUAAAAUAAAUAUCAGCAAAUCUUGAAAUUAGAAAAAUAUCUAUUUUUGAUAUGGAUUUAAACAAAGUAAAGAUAAUUAUAUGGGGUUAAUUUGCCAAAACAAUCGAUUUUAAGGAAAAUACAAUAUUAGGAUUUCAAAAUUUAGUUGUUAAAGCUUAUUAAAAUAAACUUCAGCUCUAAUUAAAUUAUAAAACAAGGGUCAUAAAAAAUACUAAAAGUUUUGAUUAAAUAGAAAAUUUUAUUGAGUUUUAAAAAAAAUUUAGUGAAUAAUUUGAUUUAAUUGAUAAGAGAUCUAAUUUUUAUAAAAUGGAAUUUUCAGAUUUAAAGAGAGUACAUAGUGAAUUUAAAUAAACAUCUGAUCUUAAUUAUAUAAAAUACUAUAGAAUUAAAGCUACUAUUGUCAAUAUUUAAGAAAUAAAUUCAAUUUAAGCAAUAAACAAAAUAUUAUAUUUUUUUAUUACUAUUAGAGACAAAUCAUAAAUGGACUUUGUACUAAGAGUUAAUGAUAACAAAUUCAUAAAAAAGAUUUUAAGUAAUUAUAGUUAAUAUUAUAUUAGAUUUGACUUAUGAAGAAUUAAAUGGAUUGAAGGAAAACUCAUAGAAAUAUGAUAAAAAGAUAUUAUUUAAUAAAGCUUAAAAUAAACAAUUUGAUUUAAUUAUUAUUGGAUAGAAUGUAGAAGUAAAUAAUGAAAUCAAAUCAAGUUUUAAAUUGGUUAAGAUUUUUUCAAAUUAAGAAGAUGAUUCUAAAAUUGAGGAUAUUUAAAAAAUUGUCAAGAUUAAUUGA